ACUUCUAGCUGUGCGCGCUGCAGCAGAGACCUCGUUGGCUGACAGGAGUAUACGUCAGCACCUCUCACCGCUCCAGUAUAACCCCCUCAAGCCUCUGGCGGUCACACAGACGCAAGUGUAAAAGUAGCAGCUCCAACUGUUGCCCGGACUAACCCAUUCAGCAUCCACGUAGUCUGAAGCGGAGACGGCUCACCGAGCGCGGCGCGGAAAAGUGAGAGGAGAGGUGGAACAUUUUUACGCACAGCCGGGUUGUUUUUGGCGCGCCUUUAAAGUCCACCUUGGAUCAACAUUUUUCUGCACCUCUUGGAUUUUAUUUCAGCCCUUAAAUGGCAGAUCUACGUAUGAUUUUCUCGCACCUGUUCCUGCUGAUGUUAAACUGUUUCCUGGGUGCUGCGUCAGUAAAGAUCACGAGAGGGGUCUCGGGGAGCGCGCAGGACAGCAGCUUCCUCCAGAAGCCGUCGUUGGACCCGUUCUCAGAUGACUUGGAUCAGGACAUGGUCUCCCAGCACAUGUCCAAACUGUACGAGAAAUACAACAGGGAAAAUCGCCUCAGGGAGGGGAACACUGUCAGGAGUUUCAGAGCCAGUCAAGACUCUUCUGACCACAGGACGGUGUACCGAUUAAACCUUACAACCCUCCAGGACUCAGAGGUCAUCCUCUCUGCCACAUUCCACUUCCUGCUCGAUCGGCGCCCUCAUCAGAAACCCUGGUUCUGUAAACGCUUCAAAAGCUCAUCCUGUCGUUCUUCGGCUGUCCACCCUUCUCCGUCCAUCAGCCUGCUCCUUCGCUCUGUCUCCUCCGGGUCAGAGGUCAGAUCUGGGUCAAUCGGGUCACUUCUAGGCAAUGUGACCUUCCACCCCCACAGGAGAGGGGUGUGGCAGAUGAAAGAUGUGACCCAGGUCAUAAAGGAGGCAUGGGACAAGGGUCAUCUCCUUGUUUCAGUGGAGCUGGACUUUGGGCAUCAGAGGAAACUAGAAGGGGCGCAGUCUGGUGGCAGCAUGCCCUACCUGUUACUGUACGCUAAUGACCAAGCGUUGGCAGAGCCCAACAGCGUGGCUGCAAGCCUUCAGAGAUACGACCCGUUCAGCGAGGGAGGAGAGAACUCGCAUUCCUCUCACAGAGUGAACUCGUCUCCAGAUUGGAAAGGACGCGAGAGAAGGGAAGCAACUCUGCUCUCUGACCCCAUUGAGAACAAUGAGCUGCCUGAGGCUGACUACAGGCCUGAUGGCUAUAGGAAGGAUGACCUCUGGGAGAGCACUUGGUAUCUGGCACUCAAACCGAAACCAGGGAGGAAGGAAAAAAAGAGAAAGAGCCACCAGGAGGAUGGAGUGGAGCAAGGUAGAGGAGCGCAGGAUAAAGGAGAACCUCAGGUUCUCAAAGAAGCAGUGAGAUCAUCGCAGAGGCUCAAAACUGAUGACUCAACCGAGAAAAAACUUAAAGACACCCCGACUGCCAGCGACGCACGAAAGCAUGAGCGGAAAAAUGAGGGUAAAAAGCACAAGGGGAGCUCUAACUCUCAGUCACCUGUUCUAAAUUUUGAUGAACAAACUAUGCGUAAGGCCAGAAGGAGGCAGUGGGGCGACACCCAGCACAGAGGCUGCUCCAGGAGGAACCUCAGAGUGGAUUUUGCAGACAUUGGCUGGAGUGAGUGGGUCAUAGCACCCAAGGCCUUUGAUGCAUACUACUGCGCCGGCACAUGUGGAUUCCCCAUGCCAAAGGUGACGCGGCCGUCUAAUCACGCCACCAUCCAGAGCAUAGUCCGUGCCGUGGGGAUCAUCCCCGGAGUCCCCGAGCCCUGCUGCGUCCCAGAAAAGAUGAGUCCUCUGGCUGUGCUCUACCAGGAUGAAUCCAGGAACCCAGUUCUCAAGGUUUACCCCAACAUGUCCGUCCAAUCCUGCUCCUGCAGAUAGGAAGGGACCUGCAGGUCAUAGAGGACGAAACAGGACGGAUGUGGAGAGAGAAAACUAAUGGAGACAGAACCAUACCUCUGUUUGUUAAGUGGUUUCUCGAUACUGAGAAACAAAGUCACUUUGGCCGUCGUUAUUCCUCGAGGAACAUAGGCUGUAGAGAAAUCACUUCCAUCUCUUCUGUCCUGCGGCAGCAGACUUGAAGAGACACAUUGUCUGGCGUCUGCUUUAGCAAGAGGAGCGGAGGCACACAUGUAAAGUCAGGGCUCCACAUGCCUAAGAAGCCCCGCUGUUUUGAUUCUGUGUUUGAGAUAAUAUUGAGGAUUUCAUGGACAGGAGUUUUUUUUUUUCUUUUAUCUCAGAAUGUACUUGCUCUUCAAACCGCUCACAGUGCAUUCUUGUUUUCUUUGGAUACAAAGACUACAAACAAAAGACUUUAUCGACGUGUCAUCGGGCAGCUUACACGGUCACACACAGAUGACAGAGAUUAUGAAACAUAUUUCUUCAUUUUUACAUACAGCUGUUUUUACUUUGGAACAAAUCAUACGCCACAUUGUACAUACAUGCAAGGUUAAUUUGCUCCAAUAAUAGAAGGUUAUUGUACAUUCUUGCUCUGUAUAUCUUCAAAAGGAAAUAUCCAACAGAUUGUAGAGAACAUCUGGAGUUCAUUUACACCCGUCAACUCCCUCAUAACACUCCAAGAAUGUUAUAAUGAAACCAGAAAUAUUUUUCUAUUUUGAAUGUGAAACUUGGUUAAAAAUAAUUUGUCAUGGUUACUAGGUUAUGUAUUACUAUAUUUUAGAUGAGAUUGUGUUUUGUACAUGUGUAUUGUUUAAAUUAUG